CCUCGGCUGAAUGCAUGCUACACUUAAUGUUAAGGGAAAUCCGUUAUAGAACAGAAAUUAGAUAGUCAAAUUAGAGCAACACAAGUUAGAUUCUGUGGUUGGCUUCAGGCAUGUUGAUCUAGGUUAAAUAGCGUACCAAUUCAAACGAUAAGCUGUUUAGGAAAUAGACUAAUUAAUUAUUUUUGUAAAUAUAUUAUAUUCUGUCACCUUCAAAAUCUGUGUUUUACCUGAGGCUUCAGGUGAUCCAAUCUGCUAUUUUGGACCAACGCCCCCACAAGGAGGCGGCAAGAAAUUCGAGAAAAUAGGUGGGCCAACGCGAAGGAAUUCACAUUGAAAGGGGGGAAACAACCAGGAAGUAAGCUACGGGAAUUGCCAACAGACUCUAGAAGUCUUGAAGGACAAUAUUAGCAGUACCAAAACUGGUGAAAUUUUGCUGCAACGACGGUAACUGGAAGUGAGGUCGGUUCGACGACUUCAACUUUCUGAUAAUAUGGGUCUUGGAGACAACAACCCCAGCACUAUGGAGCAAGGAGGCGAAGAGGAAGAGAUUGAGGAGGUGGACAAGGUCACGAACCUCAAGAACCAAGUGGAUGGCGUCAAGCAAAUCAUGACCCACAACGUAGACCGCAUCUUGGCACGUGGCGAGAGGUUGGAUGAAUUGAUGGACAAAUCAGAAGGCCUUGAAGCAGGAGCCCAGAACUUCAAGCAGACGUCUCAGAAAGUGGCGCGCUCGUACUGGUGGAAGAAUGUGAAGAUUGUCGUGGUCAUCAUCGUUAUUGUGCUCAUCAUCGUCCUCAUCAUUGUCCUCUUGGCCACAGGAGUCAUUCCAACCAGCAACCCUGUUCCCCCACCACCCACCAUCAAGCCUCCUAACCCUUAAACAUAGCACAGGGUGUACUCUGUAUACUUUCUCCCCCCUCCCCCCUUUCUCCUUCUCUCUGUCUGCCCCCCCUCUCAUGCGCUCGCUCGUGCUCUCUCUCUCUCUCUCAUGCACAAUGUAGUUUUUGCACAUUUGCUCACACUUUCAACUGUCAUAUGGGUGUCAGUUUCACAACUGCCAAUGUGAAAGAGUCUGACCAAUGCCAGUUCUGAAUUGACAUCGGGAUCUUACAUCACCAUUUUUACUAUUUUAAAGAGUUGGUACACGUACAGUACUCUCAGUGUGUGGUUGUUUGAGUGGGCAUUUUAUCAGAGGCAAAGCUAAGAACUAAAAGGAGUUAUAUUAUGCUGUGGCAAGUACAUUGCCCUCCAAACAGGACACGAUGAAUGAGUAGGACCUUUUCAAUUUUGUUAUUUCUUUUAUUUAUAUUUCUCACUGGUAAAUUGUUACUUUGUUGAAAAGACAAAUCAGUAAUGUGUUACCCUUGUUUCUGAAGGUGCCGGUAAUGUUCACACAGAAGUGUGUAACGCAUCUCUAAAGGUUAGUAGAACAUGAUGUCUUUCAGGGUGUAGAAAUGUGGCUUCGCAUGGAGGGUUUUCUGUGUCAUUAUACCCACGCCUCUCAUAGACUUUUUAAACAUGUGCAUUGCUUCUCUUUGAUUAAAUUAAGCUGUCUCAUAGCUUGAAUAUUUUAGCUAAGUUGACCACUUGAGAUUGGUAUUCACACAGAGAAGCUCUAAGACUAGAGGAAGAACAAAAAAAACAUUUUGUGUGUGUGUGUGUGUGUGUGUGUGUGUGUGUGUGUGUGUGUGUGUGUGUGUGUGUGUGUAUGUGUGACCAUCGCUGGAUAGAAGCCAGGUCCAUUUUGUUGUAGUUUGGAGAGAAAAUUACAUGAAGGUCAAAAAAAAUUCUGGAAGGCACUGUUACUUCUCCAAGGUCCUCUAAAAAAAAAAAAAAGAACUCACUGACUUCUAGCCACCUUAUCUGACUGGAGGCCAAAAUAUGAUAUGAAGACUCUAACCCUAUGACUAUGCCAUCUCUACUAUCUAGAGUUUAUUAAGUUUUCAUCUAGACAAGCUAAUUCAGAUGUACUUUUUUCAAAACAAAGCAGACUGGUUUACACGUCUUCAUGUUACUGGAUAGGCUGUGGAGAGAUCUGGGAGUCAUCUGCGUUGCCUGUAAAUAGAUAGAGAUAUCUCUGUAUACAGAAUGUAAAUCAAUCUCUAAAUGUGUUAAGAAUGGUUGCCCAUUUAAACUGGAGGGUUCAGGGUAUUUAUUUGUAUUUGUUUGCCUCAGUCCCAACCUUUUUGUCUUGAUUUCGAGCAUAUGUCAUAAUCUUUUUAAUAACUUAAACAAAUCAAUUAUUGAUACAACUAAUCUUUAUGUGCCUUAGAUAAAUAUCUGUCAAUGUCAAAAUAAUAAAGUUUGAAAUUAUGAAA